CCAGAACGAGAUAAUUUAGUAGCAGCGGGUCUCAGUCUAAUUUACCCCCCCGCCCUUUAUGUUGGAUCGUCAAAGUGCACCCACACAAGAUCGGGGAUCCAAAAAGUUUCACCUUCACCUGAAAAGCAGAAGCAGGACCUGUCUUUCUGUUUCUCCCUGCUGAAAGACAUAAAGGUCAUAAAGGAAAAGACAAAAAUACUGUUACUUUACCUUUUUCUUUCUUAUUCUUCACUCUUUUUGAUUUCUGUUCAUUUUCUCUACUUGUUCAAUCUUCAUCGACAUAUACAUAUAUCCACAUUCACAUCAACAUGUUUAGGUCUUUCAGUCGAAAAUCGCAGCAAAGACGCAAUAGUCAUGAAUCUCAAUCUGAAAUAUAUCCACCACGACCAGGAUCGAGUGCUUCCAACGCAUCGUCUUCAAUGAAUUCAGCGUUGACACUUCAUGAAAAUGAUAGUUUUUAUAAAUGGGCUGCAUCAUUUCCACCUGAGCAGCAACAACAACAUCAUCAUCACCACAGGCCCACUUCACCCGCUCCCGCCUAUCAACCGCAACCACCCGUCACAUGCUCCAGACAGUCGUCUAUGAACAAGAGUGCGGCUAGUAGUGAUACUCGUACCAUUACUAGCAAUGGGUUUGAUAGAGUUAUGGAAUUGCUGGACGAUGCCUAUAACGGAUUCAGGACCCCCUCCACCGACAAGCCGCAUGCUAACAACUUCCCAUCUAUGGGGCACCUGGUGGACCAUUACCUUCAGUUUGAUACACUUUUGGAUUUCGUCAACGUCACCAAUACAAAGGCGAUCAUUCGACCUCCGUCAGCCGAAAUUGCCAACUGUGUUAACCAUAUUACACACGCACAAGUCCACAAUUUUUUGGAAAAGUCUUUUAAUUUGGCUCAGUUUGGUCUAACUCGCGGUCACCGUGUCGGUGUCUGUCUUCCUGAUGGCCCGGAACUUGGUCUUUGCCUCCUUGGUGUCAUAGCCUACUGUGUAUGCGCCCCUUCCAACCCCAAUUUGACCCCCGAAGAAUUGCUACAUGACUUUGGCAACAUGAAGGUGGAAGCAGUCAUCGUUCCAUAUAGCAAAUUGCAAGACAAUGAUCGCAUGGUACAAGUCCUGCGGGCAGGCGGCCUGCGUAUAAUUGGUCUCAAACCUGACUCACUUGGAGUUGGUUUCACUUUGGUGUCCGAUGAAGUCGUGGCCAAUGGCUCUUACCCAAAUAGCGCUGAAACCGAAAUUGAAAUUGUUGAAAGCUUGCAAGUGGAAGCUCCAAAAUAUCAACGUCGCAAGUCUAGCUCAAAGUCAUCCAACGCUAGAGAGCUCAAUGGUCCAAAUGACCUUGCUAUGAUUUUGCAAACCUCUGGCACCAGCGGCAAGAAAAAGACGGUGCCCUACCGUUUGCGCACACUUUGUAUCGGCACUGUUUGUGUGGCUUUCUCAUGGGGCCUGCAGUCAAACGAUAUUAAUAUCAACAUGAUGCCUCUAUUCCAUGUCGGCGGUAUUGUCCGCAACCUAUUUGCUCCCGUCUUCUCUGGUGGCUCUGUUAUGUUAUGCAAUGGCUUUGAUGCCUCUGUCUUUUGGGAUAUCGCCCAGGCCCAAGCCGGUGUCAACAUUUGGUAUUAUGCCGUGCCUACCAUGCAUCAUGCUAUCCUUCAAGAGGGUAACAUGCGUCAAGUCUCUGUCAAACUUAGACAGUUCGUCAAAAUGAUUUGUAACGCUGGUGGUGGUCUUCUACCCUCCCUUGCCAAGGAUCUCAAAGCCUUCUUUCCUGCUGCUACCGUUCUGCCCUCUUAUGGUAUGACAGAAUGCAUGCCGAUCUCCACCCCUCCACGUGAUUAUGCUCUCAACAGAGAGGGCACAUCGGGUUUGGAAGUUGGACCCGAGAUUGCCAUCUUUAUUGGGGACAAGCCGGUUGCCAAGAACGGCACUGUCGGUAAUAUCAUGGUUCGUGGACCUCCUUGUUUCGAUGGCUAUGAGGGCAUCGAUAACACCAAUACCUUUAUUGAUGGCUGGUUUGAUACCGGCGACAUGGGCUAUGUCGACGAUGAUGGCUACCUCUAUAUCACUGGUCGCUCCAAGGAAAUCAUCAACCGUGGUGGUGAAAUUAUUUCUCCCUUUGAAAUUGAAAAUGCCAUCGUGGCUCACCCCAAGGUUGCCCAAACCAUUGCCUUUUCUGUUCCUCAUGAGACUCUUCAAGAAACGAUUGGUGUAGUGAUUGUCCCUGAAGAUGGCCAUACUCGUGUUGACCUGAAGUCCUUGCGAUCUUUCCUCAGCAAAUCUUUGCAUCACUCCAAGUUGCCUCAAGUCAUUGUCUACAUGGAUAAUAUUCCAAAAAAUGCUGUCAACAAGCCUCUCAGAAUCAAGUUGGCUGAACGCAUGGGCAUUCCGGAAGUCAAGGACUCUGAAAGCAAUGUCAAUGUUGCCCAACGAUUGUAUCAAGGUGCCUGCCCUCCUAAAGGUACUCCUCUUACCGACCCCAUUGCUAUCACCAGUGUCUCCUGGGACAUGAGUGACCUUGUCCAAGCCUUGGUGGUUCAUCAAGCUGUGGCCGACUGCGCUGCUCUCAGGAACCCCCUAGACCAUCAAGUGGUGGCUUUCGUCGUCAACACUCCACAAGACACUGAAAAAGAAAUCGAUGUCAAGGAAACAGCCAUCCAUAUUCAUCAAUACUUGGAAACUCAAAUCCAUGAUUACAUGAUGCCAAGACGUAUCGUCAUUGUAGAUGAAAUCGUUCGUUUCGAAGAUGGUUCCUUGAAUGAACAGGAACUCCACCAAAUCGCUCAGGAGCAAGUUGCCGAUUUGGAGGAAUGCACUGGUGAUCCUGUUGCAUUGGCUCUGCGCGAUAUUUUUGCUUCAGUCCUCGGCAUGCAGGGUGAAAAAGCCCAUUACCCCCUUAAUGGAGAUUUCUUUGAAUACGGAGGUGACUCUCUCAAGGCUGGUGCUCUCAUCUCCUCAAUCCGCUCCAAGCUUGGUGUCGCUUUGCCUAUUGUCAUCAUCUAUGAAGAGAAGAACAGAACGCCUAUUGGUUUGGCUAAACUUUGCACCGAACAAUUGCCAAGUGAUCAUCACCUGUUUACUCAUGGCUACAGUGCCAUCAACAUUGAAGAAGAUGAAGAAGACCCCAAGGAACGUCUCAAGAAUCGUCCAAAGUCUGGAGCAAAGAAUCAGUGGAACCCUUUGGUUGCCUUGGUCCAACUCUCAAGUAUCUACUUGUUGCGUCCCUUGCGUAUCACUCUCUGCUGGUUCAUGUUUGCGUCUCUUUUGGUCGCUGUUGCUUCAAGCUGGGACAGAAAGGGCAGCAAUGUUCUUCGUGUUAUCCAGUUGUCUCUCUCUCUCUUCAUUGCUCGCUUCGCCACCGCUUUGGUCCUUCCCUUCAUUGCUAUCAUCACCAAGUGGGCUGUUAUUGGUCGUUAUCGCGCUGGCUCUUAUCCUCUUUGGAGUUCUUACUACCUCCGCUGGUGGUUUGUACAUCAAGUCUGCCGCAUGUGCGGUCGUGGUAUCUUCAAGUUGCAUCCUCGCUUGUAUGCCUUCUAUCUGACCUUGAUGGGAUCUUCCAUUGGUACCAACUGCAGAGUUGAUAUCCAUGCUGAUAUUCAAGAAUUUGACCUUGUCACCAUUGGCGAUUAUUGCCAGUUUGAUAACUGCUCCAUUCGUCCAUUUGUUCUCAAGACAGGUCAUAUGGUCCUCUCAGAAAUUGUCAUUGGUAGCAAUACCUCUAUUGGUCUCAAGUCCAUUGUCACUGCUGGUUCUCAUAUUCCCGCUGGUACCGUUAUGGGACCUCUUACCUCGUCUCACAACAUGGACGUCGUUGCUGGUGGCAGCGCUCAUAUGGAUACCACUCAAGGCAUGAACUUUUCCGAGCUCAACCGUAUGAACUUCCCUGCUCCUCAUUUCUUGGUUUCUCUCAUUUUUGGUUGGCCCAUUGUCAUCUUUGCCAAGUUCUUCGCUUUCCUUCCUUGGUUUGCUGUCAUCUUCUUGCUCACUCGUGAAGUCUUCUUUGAGAAGGCAUCUCAAAACCAGUUUGCUGAACUCAUCCUUUACUUCGCUGAACCCGAGCGUGUUGGUUACCAUUUCUUGGCUGUUGUUGUUCGUGACAACGUCACACCCUUCUUCUACUUGGCUGCCGUCAUCGCUUUGAAGCGUCUCUUUAUUGGCAAGUUUAGAGCUGGACCUCGUGACCGUCGUCAAAUUUCACUCCUCAAGUACUGGCUCAUGGAGAAGCUCAUGCCUGGUGGUGACCUCGGUGGUGUCACUCGCUUGAUCGGUACUCACUACGAAUUGGUUAGCAUGAUCUAUCGUGCUCUUGGUGCCAAGAUCGGUGAACGUGUCUACUGGCCUGGUUCUGGACUUCGUGUCAUCGAAUUUGACCUUUUGGAAAUUGGAAAUGAUGUCGUCUUUGGUUCAAGAACUCAUGUUGUCUGCUCUGACUCUCACAUCUCUGCUCCGGUUAAGAUCGGUGAUGGAGCUAUGAUUGCUGAUCGAUGUGUUCUCCUUCCUGGUGCUACUAUUGGCCGCAAAGCUGUUCUCGGUUCUGGUGGUCUUGCAAAGAAGAACUUCCAUUUCCCUGAUAACUCUGUCUGGGUUGGCUCUCGCGGUGGUAAUGCCCUCCUUUGGGAUGCUGGUACCAACUCUGCUGAUGACGAAUCCACCAUUACACCUUUCGGUCGCGCCUUCUAUCAAAACAAGGCUAAAUUCUGGGUUAUUCCUCUUAGCUUGAUUGUCGUCUACAAUUGCUUGUUGCACAUCAUUGCCUCCUGUUACUGGUCUGUUCCUGUCACUGCUGCUAUUCAAGUUGCUGCCGUCAUGGAAAAGCGUUAUUUCUUGAAGCAUACUGAUGAAGCUGCCGUAUAUAGUCUAUACGAAGGUACUCGUCAAGGUCUUACCUUCUUAAUCAUCUUUGCUGUCAUCUGUGCAUGCGUUUGCAUACUCUGCUUCCUUGGUCUCGUCAUUGAAAUUGCUGCCAAAUGGUGUCUCUUUGGUCGCAGAAAGCAAGGCAGUUAUAACUGGGAUGAAUCUUCCUACUGCCAGAGAUGGCAAAUUCUCAUCACUUUCCAACAAUGCUUCCGUCAAGGUGUUCUCAACCUUCUCAGCGGUAGUGCCUGGCUUGUCUUGUUCUUCCGUUGCCUUGGCGCUAACAUUGGCAAGAAUGUCUGUCUCUAUCCUAAUGGUGGUGACCCUAUGAUGACUGAGCCUGACUUGGUCACUUUGGAAAACGAUACUGCUGUCGAUGAAGCUUCUUUGAUCUGCCAUAUCAAUUCUCGUGGUCAAUUCUCCAUCAACCCAUUGCAUAUCGGCGCUGGCUCUGUUCUUCGCACUGGAUCAAGAUUGUUAUCUGGUGCUUCCAUGAAGGAAGACUCUGUGUUGCUCGAACAUACUUUGGUUGCCUCUGGUCAAGUUGCUGAAAAGAACUCUAUCUGGCAAGGAUGGCCUGGUGAAGACGUCACUGAAAAGUAUAACCAGAACAUGCGCAACUCAAGACGAUUCUCAGUCAAGAGUUUGAGAGGUUUCGUUGACUUCUAUUAAAAGAAGUAACAUUCCAUCAAUGCACUCAAAUUUCCCUCCACAAAAAUCUUGUUUUUAAAAACCAGUCAGCAAAGCUCACUAUCCCACACACACACACACACACACACACAUACAAACAUGUACCAUAGAACUGAAAGGGUUAUAAUGUACAGAGGCACACCCAAAACCCAAAACCCUCUUCGCAGUGUUUUUUUUUUUCUUCUUUCAUCUUGUUUCUUCUGUUUCCCCUCCCCCAUUAUCUUUCCAUUUCUUCGUGAUAUUGUCCAAUUCGCAUCAUAUGCAAUAUAGAAAACAAAUAUACCUGAAUAUAUCAUUUUUGCCCUACAUCUUGU